GAUGAACAAAAUAAAGGCACCUUUUCCUCCAGAAUUUGAAGGCCUUGUUCCUUAUGACUCAAAGCACGUUGCAUGCAUACCCUUUUAUUCAACCCUGAGGGUAGUUUACUUAUUUUAGACCCGUUCAUUGUCCCUUCACUUCUGUAGUUUUUCUAUUCUUCAUCAGCCUAAUAACACUUCUUAACUCGCCAAAAAUCAAGAUCGUUAAUAUCGGAAUCAAGUUUCUAAAUAUCUCCUACUAUCCUUAUUAAAAUGGCUAAUUUUGUACCUCCUGCUGAACAAUCUCCACAAUCACAAACUAAAUGGGAAUAUGAUGCUCCCUUAAAAAGCGGAUGAGCCCUUUGUUCGAAUCUCGCGAGUGGACUGACCUAACAUUAGUUCUACACGGAGAAAACGAUGUCGUCCUUGAAGAGGUACCCGUCCACAAACUCAUUCUGCAAGCCGGGUCAUCCAUAUUUAAUAGAAAAAUAACCCCCGAAGUCCUCUCUACCGGAAAGUUGCGAGUGGAUAAUGUAGAUCCCAAAAUAUUCAAGUUGAUGAUAUCAUACUUGUACACCGGAAAUGCUGCCCCGAGCAUAUUAGACGCCAUUCCGCUGCAAAAGCUGGCGACUGAAUAUGGCCUCCCAUACUUGACACAAAUCUGCAAAGAUGUCCUACAAGGCGAGGUAACAGAGGACAAUGCCCUCGCACUAUUUGAAGCAGGAAUGGCAUUUGCGGACGAUGACCUGAUCAAAUCCUCACUUCAGUUUAUUUGCAAAAAUGCACAAAGAAUUUUGAAGAGGAAGGAUUUUGCCGAACUCAGGAUGGAAUGCUUGAUUGAAAUUAUUCAAGAGAAUGAACUCCAAGUUGUGAAUGAAAUGGAAGUUUUCGACGCAGUUUAUCGGUGGGGUGAGGCGGAAUGCAUCCGGCAAAAGUUGGACAUUACGGAUAAAAAAGUCUUCCGAAAAAUUAUAUCCAAACCACUGACAAGUGUCCGAUUUCCAUUAAUGGACUCGGAACGUGUGUCGCCCUCCUGAUUUGCUUCCUCGUUCCACCAGAGAAACGAAGUUCCAUUCCACACGGGAGGUUUUCAUCCUCGCCGAGAUCUUGGCUUCUACCGGAGAUGGAAAGAUCCUUGGCAAAUAAUUCGGAUCAGUUAAGACCCCCCGUUCCUUACUACCCAGACGUGGUGUACCCUCUUCCUCCCAGAUUUUCCAAUCCCACGGCCACCCCACCUGCUUACGUCAGAAAUUCGUACGAACCACUAUCCACUUCCGUACCCCCCAACGCACAUUUGCAACCCUGGUCGGCUUCACCACAACCACAACCAAUGAGACCAAAUUUGACGCAGAGACUUGAACAACAUCGUCCCAUGGGAGAUUUCCAUUUCUCUUCAUUUCAUGAUCAUCGUAACAAUUACUUUCAAUAGAUAAAUCAUCAAUGAAUCACGAAAUCAUAAUUUUAUGUACUCAUUGAAUGAACUAAACUGAGGCAAGUUUUCCAUUCUUUUACUCAUAAAAUGUAUGACUUUUUUUGGAUUAUUUUACAUAAUCCUGGGUGUUAUUUAUAUACAUAAAUAUACACGUGUAAAUAUGUAGUAGUCAGCCGAAGUAUUCUUGCAUGCAUUUAAUUUUACGCAUGUACAUAUUUAUUAAAUUUUUAGCAGGCUGAAACGAAGGUUUUAUUUUAAGCGUAAAAGUUCGAAGUUAAGUAUAAUAAAUACCUAUGUACAUACAUACGUA